UGCGUGUGAUUGUACCACCAUGGCCAAAGAGUUUCCAUGCAAUGUUGGUUUUUUUCUGCUGCUAGAGGAGCCGGUUUGCAGCCGAGUUUCGCAUUCGAGCUUUGGUUACAUUCUGGUGUCCACACUUCAGUCAGUUGGCUUUGAAAUUUCUAAUUGAACUGACGACGGUGUCGCUGUAGCGGGAAAAUAACAACUCUUACAAUUGCGAAAAAGUAACCGUUACAAAAAAAUUGCGGGAUUUACGGAUUAAAAUCCAAAUAAGAAAAACAAAAACGAACAAAAAAAUAUUUAAUUUCAUUCAAAAGUGUUGGAAGCCACUUCACAUCGGGUGUCAUGAAGUUGAUUGAUGUGAUUAUUUAUUUGAUAGCAAUUUUAAUCUUCAUUUAUGUGUUGUUGAAUUAGAUUGUUGUUCGUCGUUCCGUCCGUCAACAGCGUCAACAGCAACACCGCUUGACUACUACUUUUCUCUAAUUUUCUUCAUUUUCACUUGAUGAUAUCCUUCUUUCGUUUGUCUAAAUUGAAAACAAAACAACUUCACUUUUUCUACAACUGCAACUUUCAUCUGAUUUCCAUUUGUUGAACUAUUUGUAUUUUUUGAUAAAAAAAGCAUCGCAAACAAGGAUUCUUUUUUCAUCGCAACUGCAUCACAAUGAAGCCCUUCUACUUAACCCUGCUGUUCUUUGCCUUACUGGCCUUUGCAUUGGGCGAGCCACCAUUGAGUAAGAAAUCUCCCUAUUUCUAUAAUGUACCCUUGAAGAGCGGCAAGCAGACGUCGUUUUUGCGAUCUCCCAACUCGAAACAGAAAACCCUAGUUGUCCAGAUACGCAGCGAUGAACCUAGUCAAUUGGUCUUGAAAGGUCGUCCAAAGUUGGGUCACUCCCAUGCCCAUCAAAUUCACCAACAUCAUGCCCACACUCAUGCGCCACACGCUCACAUUCAUCAUCACAUCAAUGCUGCGGCCAGUUCACAUCAUCAUCACAGGGCCCACCCCAGGCCCAUUAAGUUGUCCUCACCAAUUUAUUUGAAAAAUCCCAGUUUGAUGCGUAAACCAUUGAAGCUUAAAUUGAAUGGUGCUAAGCUCAAGCCAUUGAAUCUUCACAAACCGGCCACCAGUUAUGAUGUGCCCUUCAAGUAUGAGAAGCCCAUUUCCUUUGCCAGUUCAGAGGUGCAGCAUUUGCCGUUGGAACACCACACAACCUUCAUUGCCGAUCACUUUGAUCCCAUUCACACAAUCCCCGCCCCAAAUCUGUCGUUGCAAGACAACCAUUUGCAUCCCGAGGAAAGCUAUUUGCCACCCACUUCAUCAUCGCCCAAACCACAAGUUUAUCACCAACAGCAAAACAACUACCAAGUUGUAGAGGAGAACACCAACGACCAAACUAUUGUGGAUAACUUCUCUGGUUCGCAGAAAUACUAUGCUCCCGAUCCGGAUCCAUCGUUGCCCGCUCCCCAAAUCCGUCCAGCCGUUGAACCUUUCAAUACGCCAAGCAAUGGCAAACCAUUGCCGGCUGAUAUUCAAAGUAAUCAAUUGCCAGUUGCCCAACCUUUGGUGCAGAUCGUCGGUGCCCAGGUUUCCAAACAGAUUGUUCCCGAAAUCUAUCCCAUACAAUUUACUCAACCCCUCGUUGCCGCCAAUGUUGCUGCCGUCCAACCAGCUCCCAUCCCGAUUUACAAUCCCACUUAUUUGGUUACUCAAUCGAAUAAUCUCUAUACCCAACAUCAACAGCAAUUGUUUAAGCCCGUCGAGGCAGCACCCGUUGUGGAGGCAGGCUAUGUGAAUGCCGAUCUGACCCAAGAGGUGGCCAGCAAUGGACAAAUUUUACAGGCUGCCAAGGAUUUGCACAGCAGUAAUCAGGCUGUCUUAGAUGUGGCACCGCAUUUUGCCGCUCUAAUUGCAGCUCCAGCUCUGGACCAAGAACAUCAAUCACUGGAAACGGCACCCUUCCAUUUGCAAAACGUUGCAGGACCACCAUCGGCCAUAACAUCGACGACUGAAGCUGGAUUUGUUGUGUCAAACUACUACGGCAAUGCUCAUCAGGAUUCCAGUCAAUUACUGCAAGCCUAUGCUGAAGAGGAGCAGGCUGAGGCUGAAAGACAACAGUAUGAGGAAUUACAACAGCAACAACAACAAUUCCAACAGCAUCAGAUUCAACAACAACAGCAAUUGCAACAACAACAGUUGCAGCAACAACAGCAGUUACAACAUUUCCAACAACUACAACAGCAACAAUUUGGGCAACAAAAUCACCCACAAGCUUUGCAACAGCAACAAUUAGAUCCAGCUGCCUCAGCUUUCGAAGAGCAUCAACGUUUGGUUAAACAACAAUUAGGUGCCGAUACACCACUGCGCAUCUUUGUUCCCGAUGAAGAGGCCCGUUUGCAAAAACGUUCCGACGACAUCAGCAAGAGCUCCAUUGAAUACGUUGAUAAUGCCGAAGCGAGUGAUGAGGCCCAAUCCCAUGACGAACUCUUCGAGGUUUCAACAUCAUCAGAAUCGGCCGAAGAGCAGCUGCAACAACAAAUGGACGAACUGCAGCAGCAAGAGGAACAAGAACCCCAACAUUACCUAAGUUCAAACGAAGAACAAAAAUAGACAGUUGAGAUUCAAAACUGAACAGACUUCAAAUUUAUAAACCAAAUUUUUAACGAUAUUUUCGAAUUUAAUUUUUAAGUUUUUUUUUUUUAAUUUAUAAUAAAAGAAACAAUUAUUUAUUUAUUUAAUUUAUUAAAAACAA